AUGAUGUGGUCUAUGCGAUCCAAUGGUUCACUCGACGGUUGGCCUCCAGAAACAACUGUUGGUAUCUUACUGGCUAAUGGAAUUAAUCGGUUCACUAAAGAUGCCGUUGAGGAAGCUGAAUCGUCGAGGUAUCAUAUCAUCCUCGUUGGCAAAAAUAAUCUUAUUAAUGAAAUAAGAGGAUACCAACCCCGACAACAGCAGUUGGAUUCGGGGAGAACUUCUGAACUUCAAGUUCAGUUUAAAAGGAAUUAG